AUGCCCGUGCGCUCUCCUCUCGCUCCACACUUCGCUCUCAGUCCCUCCCAACCCUCUCCCGUCGCAGCGCAGCCGCGGCGGGCGCCCAUGGCAGAAUUCUUCAGGUCACUGAUCGUUACUGCCAACACAAUUGCUACCAUGAUAAUUCAUCCCUCGCUUUGCCAGAGUGAGGAAUUGCUUGCAUGGAUGGAGUGCCCAAAUUGCAAGUACCGCAUUGAUAAUACUGAUGUUUUAUCACAGUGGCCAGGACUCCCUGCUGGUGUUAAAUUUGAUCCAACUGAUCUCGAACUGCUUGAACAUUUAGAAGGAAAGGUUGGCGGGGCAGCGUCCCAUGUACUAAUAGAUGAUUUUAUUCCAACCAUAGAGGAGGCCCAAGGAAUCUGCUAUACACAUCCGGAAAAUCUCCCUGGUAUCAAGAUGGACGGGAGCACCGGUCACUUCUUCCACAAAGUAUCCAAUGCAUACGUUGUUGGCAAGCGUAAGCGUCGCAAGAUUAGCAAUAGUGAGCACACUGUUUGUGAUGAGAAUCUCAGAUGGCACAAGACUGGAAAAUCCAGAUCUAUCUUAGAUAAUAACGGUGUCAUAAAAGGGUGGAAGAAAAUAUUGGUUCUUUACAUAGGUUAUCGGAAAGGAGGUGGCAAGACAGAGAAAACUAAUUGGAGAAUGCAUCAGUACCACCUUGGGGUAGAUCAAGAUGAAAAGCAGGAGGAGCUUGUUGUUUCCAAAGUCUUUUAUCAGGUGCAGUCAAUGAAUGCUGGGCCCUCUGCAGACUCGUUGCCUCUGCAGACUCGUCGCCCAAACGGUAGUCCAUCCGGAACCGAGCAGAAUCAGGAGGAAGGACAGUCCGGCAUGUCUACUGUUCGGGAAGCCGUGGAAUGGCUCGCUGGAAGCUCGUCGCAUGCCGUGGAGGACGCACCGCUGUCUGGCCUGGAUGAGCACCUGUCAAGCGACGGAACCCCGGACGCCGCAUACCCUGUGGGGCAGCCUCUGCCUCUUGACGCGUCGGAGGCGCUCCAGGGGUUCGCCGACCUCGGAGCGCCUCCGGAUGUCUCCCUUCCGCCCCACACGCAGUUCGGGCGGCAGGAUAGCAUGGAGAUGUGGCUGGUCAGCGUGUUAACAGAGGAUGAGGGUGUGUUUGAAGCAGCGGAGCAACAAGAAGAGGCUGGUUUUUCUCCGUGA